CUGGACCCUUUCUAUGCCUCCAUCAUCCUGUUUGUGGGGCGAGCCUGGGAUGCCAUCACGGACCCCAUGGUGGGCUUCUUCAUCAGCAAAACAUCGUGGACCCGCUUCGGCCGCCUGAUGCCCUGGAUCAUCUUCUCUACCCCAUUUGCCGUCACGUCCUACUUUCUCGUCUGGUUUGUGCCGGACAUCUCCACGGGCCAAGUGAUGUGGUACCUCAUCUUCUACUGCAUCUUCCAGACCCUUGUGACAUGUUUCCAUGUACCCUACUCGGCGCUGACCAUGUUCAUCAGCAGGGAACAGAGUGAGCGGGACUCAGCCACUGCCUACCGUAUGACAGUGGAAGUGCUGGGCACUGUGCUGGGCACCGCCAUCCAGGGCCAGAUCGUGGGCAAGGUGGUUACUCCCUGCAUCGAGAGCCCCCUCUUCAUCGGCAAGACCAACUCCUCAGUGGCCUUGGAGGAGCUAAACAUGACCCAUGACACCGGGUCGCUCACAGACACAAGAAAUGCCUACAUGAUCGCUGCAGGGGUCAUCGGGGGACUCUACAUCCUCUGCGCCGUGAUCCUGUCGGUGGGUGUGCGGGAGAAGAGAGAGUCCUCUGAGCUCCAGUCGGACGAGCCUGUCUCCUUCUUCCAGGGGCUGAAGCUGGUGAUGAACCACAGUGCCUACAUCAAGCUCAUAGCUGGCUUCCUCUUCACCUCGCUGGCCUUCAUGCUGCUGGAGGGCAACUUUGCCCUCUUCUGCACCUACACCCUGGGCUUCCGCAAUGAGUUCCAGAACAUUCUCCUAGCCAUCAUGCUCUCGGCCACCUUGACCAUUCCAUUCUGGCAGUGGUUCCUUACCCGCUUUGGGAAGAAGACUGCUGUCUACGUGGGCAUCUCGUCUGCCAUCCCCUUCCUCAUCAUGGUGGUUGUCCUGGACAGUAACUUGAUCGUCACCUACAUCGUGGCUGUUGCAGCUGGGAUCAGCGUCGCAGCUGCCUUCCUCCUGCCCUGGUCCAUGCUCCCGGAUGUCAUAGAUGACUUCAAGCUGCAGCACCCUGACGCCCAUGGCCAUGAAGCCAUCUUCUUCUCCUUCUACGUCUUCUUCACCAAGUUCACCUCUGGGGUCUCCCUGGGCAUCUCCACACUCAGCUUAGACUUUGCAGGGUACCAGACCCGAGGCUGCUCCCAGCCCAGCGAGGUGAACUUCACCCUGAAGAUGCUGGUGUCGGCUGCGCCCGUGGGGCUGAUCCUGCUGGGCCUGCUCCUGUUCAAGCUGUACCCCAUUGAUGAGGAGAAGCGGAAGAAAAACAAGAAAGCCCUGCAGGACUUAAGGGAGGAGAGCAACAGCAGCUCGGAGUCGGACAACACAGAACUGGCCAGCAUCGUGUGACCCUGGGUUGGGUCUGC